UAAAUACGACAACACGCCAUUGAUUGUUGCUGGAGGAGGGGCUGGCAUAGAAAACGCUAAAAACCACCAUUCUAGUUCUGACGGUAGUGUGUCUAUGUCUGGAAACCCUGGACAUGGUGGCAGUCAAUGGGCUGGUGGAAUAAAUGGCAAUGGAGCUACAAAGGCUGACAGUGGUUAUUCUGGUGGAGGUGGAGGUGGCUUUUAUUCAUCUGGUCGCAGCAGCAAGACAUUUGGCGGAUCUUUUGGCGAUGGCGGAGAGGGCGGAAAAGGAUUCUUACAGGGAGGUGUUGGAGGAAGAUCAAGUAGAUAUGAUGUUCCUGGUGGAUUUGGAGGAGGUGGAGGGCCCUAUGGGUGGGGUGGUGGAGCGGGUGGUGGUGGGGGAUAUUCAGGAGGGGCUAGUGGUGACGAUACCGUUGAUUCUUCUGGAGGAGCUGGAGGGUCGUAUAAUAGUGGAUCAGAUCAAAGCAAUACAUGCUGCUACAACAGCCAAGGUCAUGGCUAUGUUAUCAUCUCAAUAGUGUAAACUGUGAAAUUAACCUGUUGACAUAUUACUUUUGGGUGUGCUUUUCAAUUUAGUUCAAACUAUAAUCUUUUCCUCUGUUUGCAGAGGUUGCUGUGAAUGGAAUAUCACGCCCGUCAAUUUACAUAUUUUUUACAGAUAAUUCCGAUGGGAUAUGUAAUCUUUCACCAAAAAUAUCCUUAUGUAAAUAUAAGUAGAGAUGAAGGUUUUUAGAUUUCAUUAUUCUAAGCACAAACUUUUUAGAAAUCGUUGACCGUCAACGUUAUUGUCUUGUGAAUUAGAAUAGUUGCGUUUCGCGAACUGUUGUCCACUUUGCUAAAUUGUGUGUAACUCGAAAUAAUUCAAACGGUUUUUAUUGCCUUCUAUAUUCAUAGAUCUCAUGCUUUUGCACGGAUUGUUACGGAAUAAAAGAAUAAAUUAUCUUAAAUCCUUA